CCGGACGAGAGGCCGUGGUUCGCCAUAUGGUUAAGCUGUCUUAUUGACUUUCCUCUCCCCCUGGAUAAAUAUGUAGGCUAAAUCCUAUCCUAAAGGUUUAGAAAUGGCUUCGGGUGGGAGUUCUACGUCUUCAAGUGAAAAGAAUGCCGCAAAAGCUACGACAGUAAUUGUAUUGGGAAUGGCGGGUUCUGGAAAAACAACUUUUGUUCAGAGAUUGACUGCUCAUUUACAUGCAAGAAAAAGUCCACCAUAUGUUGUGAAUCUUGAUCCUGCUGUUCACUCAGUUCCUUUUCCAACAAACAUUGAUAUACGAGAUACUGUUAAAUAUAAAGAAGUGAUGAAACAAUAUGGGCUUGGACCAAAUGGUGGUAUAAUGACUGCUUUGAAUCUAUUCACAACUAAAUUCGAUCAGGUCAUGACAUUCAUUGAAAAACGAGCCUCUGAAUGUGAAUAUGUUAUAUUUGAUACACCUGGUCAGAUUGAAGUCUUCACAUGGUCAGCAUCUGGUGCAAUCAUAACUGAAACAUUGGCUUCAACUUUUCCUACAGUUGUUGUUUAUGUGAUGGACACUGCACGAAGUACAAAUCCAGUUACUUUUAUGUCUAAUAUGUUAUAUGCCUGUAGUAUAUUAUAUAAAACAAAACUGCCAUUCAUUGUUGUGAUGAACAAGACAGACAUAGUUGAUCAUAGCUUUGCUGUUGAGUGGACACAAGACUUUGAAGCAUUUCAAGAAGCAUUAAAUUCUGAACAAAAUUAUAUCGGAAACUUAACAAGAUCUAUGAGCUUGGUUCUUGAUGAAUUCUACAAUAAUUUAAAGCUUGUUGGAUUUUCUGCAGUAACUGGGGAUGGAAUGGACAAUCUAUUGAAUGCAAUUUCUGAGGCAAGGCAGGAAUAUGACAAUGAAUAUAAACCUGAGUAUGAUAAAUUGAAGAAAAGAAAGCUUGAAGAAAUGGAUGAGAAAAGAAAGAAACAACAAAAUGAUAAAUUUAAACAAGAUUUGGGUACAAAUGAUCCGAUUAGAAGUGAAACGAUGAGAGCAUCUGAUUUACUGGCAACAAGAGGGUGUUCUGAUGAGAGUGAUGGAAAUAAUGAUUCUUUGAGUGAUGAAAUGGAUGCGGACGAAGAAGCGGAGAUGAGAGAGGGCGACUCGCUCAAACGCUUUUUAGAAAAACACAAAUCCCUAUCAGAUGCAAAACAAGGAACAUGAUAUACAAGUCAAAUGUUCUGUCUUCAUGGUCUUUGAUAUCACCCAUAAUUCCAUGGUUGGGGAAGCAACUCCGUCAUCUGCCAGACUGGAUUGUUGAAGAGCUCGUUCGAAUUAAAUUCGACAAAACAUUCAAUGCAAACCCGCACAAGGUGUUGUUGUGGUGGUUUCUAUGAUCGUUUUUAAAUGUACUUUUGAUUUUAAAUAAUUACUUGAAUAAUAAUUAUUGAAUACCAUUUCUGACUUCAAAACAUUGUGAUUUUUGUAAUAUUGAAAAUAGCGAAGGUG